AUGUCCCCUUCUAUCCGAAUCGCCGCCUGUCACACCGCUCCGGUGUUUCUGUCGGCACGACAGACAACGGCAAAAGCCAUCAAGUUAAUCAAGCAAGCUGCAAAGAACAAGGCCAAUUUGGUUGUCUUUCCCGAGACGUACAUUCCUGCCUUUCCCGUCUGGAGCUCGUUACGCCCUCCAACCGAGAAUCAUGACCUCUUUAAGCGCAUGGCCCUCGAAUCCGUCUACGCCGACGGUGACGAAGUUCAGGCUAUCCGCGCCACGGCAAAACAGCUGGGCAUCAUGGUCAGCAUCGGUCUAUCAGAAAAGGUCCGCUCGAGCAGCGCAACUCUUUAUAACUCGAAUAUCCUUAUUGGAACCGAAGGGGAGGUCUUGGUCCACCAUAGGAAGCUUGUACCGACAUUCUUCGAGAAGCUAACCUGGGCACCCGGAGACGGCCACGGAUUACAAGUUGCCGAAACCCCCUACGGAAAAAUCGGGAAUCUGAUUUGUGGAGAAAACACCAACCCUCUGGCCCGGUAUACUCUGAUGGCCCAAGGCGAACAGAUUCACAUCUCUACCUGGCCACCUAUCUGGCCCACCCGCGUUCCGCCUCCUCCCUCCCAAGACGAACCGACCAACAGUGUACCAGAGAAGCCUAACUAUGACAACGUCACUGCCAACAGGACUCGUGCUGCCGCUCAUUGCUUCGAGGCCAAGUGCUUUGGAGUUCUCUGUUCAGCCGUUCUCGGAGACGACGCCAUAAAGACUAUUUCGGGCGGCUCCCCGUACCUCACUCAGGUGCUGGAACAAUCUCAACGUGGUGCAACUCAGUUUCUGGACCCAACUGGAGCGCUUCUGCCUGGGUUCACCGUGGACCCCGAGACGCAGGAGCAUGUUCCUACUGAAUACCUUCAAAAGCACGAAGGAAUUCUCUACGCGGAUAUAGGCGUCGAGGAUUGCAUAGAGGGGAAGCAGUAUCACGAUGUUGUCGGUGGAUAUCAACGUCUAGAUGUCUUUGACUUGAGGGUCAAUCGAACUCGCCCGUCUGCGGUGACAUUCGUCGAGGGGGGCAGCAAGCUUCAGUUCCAGGAGCUGAAGGAAAACACUGGGGAGAAUGUAUCUUAG